GACUGAGGGACCUAAUGGAAGAAGAAGAAUGGGGGGCUGGGCCCACAUACCAGGGCUCGCUGAAGGGGAACGGGAGUCCUUUAUGGAUGCCCAAGAUCCAGAUAGAGCUGGGGGGCGGAGGCCAACCGGAGCCCUGGGAGCUUGGGAGUGAUCAGACCCCGGAUCCUGGGGAGUGCCCUUUAUAACGGAUCUCUACCUCCAGGAUUUGCCUGAAGGCCGCCCCUCAGCUCUACACUCGCCCCCCAGGGGCCACUGAAGACCAUGACUAAGACAGAUCCUGCCCCUAUGGUCCCACCACCCCGGGGGGAGGAGGAAGAAGAGGAGGAGGAGGAGACAGUCCCAGAGGCCCCCAGCCCCACCCAGGAGCGUCGACAGAAGCCUGUGGUGCACCCCUCUGCACCAGCCCCGCUCCCCAAGGACUACGCCUUCACCUUCUUCGACCCCAAUGACCCGGCGUGCCAGGAGAUUCUCUUUGACCCCCAGACCACCAUCCCCGAGCUGUUUGCCACUGUACACCAGUGGGUGCCCCAAGUCCAGCACAAGAUUGAUGUCAUCGGGAAUGAGAUUCUGCGUCGAGGAUGCCACGUGAAUGACCGUGAUGGGUUGACGGAUAUGACACUGCUGCAUUAUGCGUGCAAGGCUGGGGCCCAUGGUGUCGGGGACCCCGCGGCGGCUGUGCGCCUAUCGCAGCAGCUACUGGCACUGGGGGCAGAUGUGACCCUGCGCAGCCGCUGGACUAACAUGAAUGCACUUCACUACGCCGCCUAUUUCGAUGUACCGGACCUUGUGCGCGUGUUGCUCAAGGGUGCGAGGCCACGAGUGGUGAACUCCACAUGCAGUGACUUCAACCACGGUUCAGCCCUGCAUAUCGCAGCUUCCAACCUGUGCUUGGGUGCCGCCAAGUGUCUACUGGAGCACGGUGCCAACCCAGCGCUUCGGAACCGGAAGGGACAGGUGCCAGCAGAGGUGGUUCCGGACCCCAUGGACAUGUCCCUGGACAAGGCAGAGGCAGCGCUGGUGGCCAAGGAACUGCGGACGCUGCUGGAGGAGGCUGUGCCACUAUCGUGUGCCCUCCCCAAGGUUACAUUGCCCAACUAUGACAACGUGCCAGGCAAUCUCAUGCUCAGCGCACUGGGCCUGCGCCUGGGAGACCGCGUGCUACUUGAUGGCCAGAAGACGGGUACACUACGGUUCUGCGGGACCACGGAGUUUGCCAGCGGCCAGUGGGUGGGCGUGGAGCUGGAUGAACCUGAGGGCAAGAAUGAUGGCAGUGUUGGGGGAGUCCGCUACUUCAUCUGUCCCCCUAAGCAGGGUCUCUUUGCGUCUGUGUCCAAGAUCUCCAAGGCUGUGGAUGCUCUGCCUUCAUCUGUCACCUCCACGCCACGGACUCCCCGAAUGGACUUCUCCCGUGUCACUGGCAAAGGCCGCAGGGAGCACAAAGGCAAGAAGAAGUCCCCAUCAUCCCCUUCUCUGGGCAGCCUGCAGCAGCGAGAGGGGGCCAAGGCUGAGGUCGGAGACCAGGUUCUCGUCGCGGGACAGAAGCAGGGGAUUGUGCGCUUUUACGGGAAGACAGACUUUGCCCCAGGUUACUGGUAUGGCAUCGAGCUAGAGCAGCCCACAGGCAAACAUGAUGGCUCAGUCUUCGGUGUCCGGUACUUCACCUGCUCUCCAAGGCAUGGGGUCUUUGCACCAGCAUCCCGCAUUCAAAGGAUUGGUGGAUCCACUGACCCUCCUGGGGAUAACGUCAUAGCCAAAAAAGUGCACCAAGUGACAAUGACGCAGCCCAAACGUACCUUCACAACAGUCCGUACCCCAAAGGACAUCCCAUCAGAGAAUUCCAUUUCCAGGUUGCUCUUCUGUUGCUGGUUUCCCUGGAUGCUGAGGGCAGAGAUGCAGUCUUAGAGGCCCUGCAUACUCGACAGAUAUGGAGUCCCCUCUAGCAUCUCCUGAGACAAGGAGUCCCCAAGUCACCCUGAGAUAGACAUCCCCAGUAACAUGCAGAAUAGAGACCCCUUUAGACAACCCUCAGUCACUGAGGCCCUAUUACUAACAGAUUCCCUCCUGAUAACCCCCAAAUACAGACCCCCAAUGUCAUCCAGAAAGAGAUUCCCUGAGUAUAGCACCUUCAUAGGCCCCAUCCCCAUCACAAUCGAGCCCCCAAUUAACAGAUUUCCACAUUACCCGAAUUGACAGUGGUCCUCCACAUAAUACAAUAGGGCUUUCCUUAGUUACUCACCACUGGAUUAGAAACCCUCUCAUUAACAAAGACGACCUCCCCAAGUCCCCUUGAAAUAAACACAGAUCUCACUUCCAGAG